GGCCGCCACGUAGAGAGCAGAGAAGAGUCGUGCGAUGGGUGAUCAUAUCGGUGAUAACAUAUUAAUCCCGCAGGUCGACAACGUCGUGUUGAUCGACAGGAGCGAUGGCAAUAACAAGAGCAUGGAUGGGACACUGUGCAUCAGUGGUCACCAUCUCAUUUUAUCUUCGAGGCAGGACGACGGACAAGAACUUUGGCUGAUGAACCGAAACAUCGACGUUGUAGAAAAGAAAUUGAACGCUCAGAGUCCAGGUGGUAGCAUAAUAUUAAAGUGCAAGGAUUUCCAAAUCCUACAGUUAGACAUUAGUUCUACCAACGAUUUAAUCAAUGCCAUAUUAUCUAUAGAGAAGCUGAUAUCGUUAGACCAAACUUUACAAUAUCCAUUCUUCUAUCGACCGCAGACAACCAAUAAUGCUAUGAUACAAGUGGAGGACGGGUGGACAGCAUUCGCACCAGUUUCCGAAUGGUCCAGGUUACUAGCGGCGCAUGGGGACGAGUGGCGCAUCAGUUACUUAAACAGAGACUACAAAGUUUGCAAUUCAUAUCCGUCGGCAGUGAUAGUGCCGCGUCAGAUAGACGACAAGAUCGUAGUAGCAUCCACCGGUUUCAGGGAAGGCGGAAGGUUCCCUGUUUUGUGUUACAGACACGAGGGAGGAAGUAUACUGUUGAGAAGUAGUCAACCAUUAUGUGGUGCAACUGGCAAAAGAUGCAAGGAAGACGAAAGACUAUUAAAUGCAGUUCUAGGUCCUGGAAGACGUGGCUACAUAGUGGACACGAGAUCAAUUAGUCAGGCGCAAGGCGCAAGGGCCAGGGGCGGCGGCACGGAAAUGGAUGCAGCUUAUCCGCAGUGGCGGAAGGUGCACAAGUCAGUGCCUCGGCCGCACGACCUGGCGGAUAGCUUCUACAAGUUGAUAGAGGCCUGCAACGACAUAAACAGUUCCACCUCGCAGUGGCUGUCCAAGUUGGAUAGCAGUGGGUGGCUAGCCGCGGUACAAAGUGCUUUAAAUGCUGCUUGCGUAACGGCGCAGUGCUUGCAUCAAGAAGUCGCGGCUGUGCUGGUGCACGGUAGCUCAGGCAGAGAUUCUACAUUAGUGGUAACCAGCUUGGCUCAGGCGAUAUUAAAUCCCGAUUGCCGGACGGUGCGAGGACUUCAGGCACUCAUAGAACGCGAGUGGCUGCAAGCGGGCCACCAAUUUUUCAGCCGAACCCGUUGCGGAGCGUAUCAGUCUUCGAGCUCGCAAAAUCCGACGCACGCGCCGACAUUUUUGCUUUUUCUCGAUUGCCUGUACCAGUUGCACCAUCAGUUUCAAUUUAGCUUCGAGUACACGGUGGAUCUGCUGAUUAAAUUGUACAAGCAUGCCUAUUCUUCCAACUACGGCACAUUUUUAGGUGACUCGGAAGCGGAGAGGAUAAAACUACGGCUGUCCGAGCGAACUUACAGCCUAUGGUCGUACAUGAACCAACCGGACGUUUUGGAGCAGUGGAUAAAUCCAUUGUACGAGCCGAAUUCAGGCGUGAUCUGGCCUAGCGUCGCUCCCAUCAGCAUCCAGCUGUGGAAGGAAUUGUAUCUCGCGUACACGAGCGCGGCCCCGUGGAGCGGCAUGCUCUCCUACGCGAAGCAGAUCAAGCAGAAUCAUACGGCGGUGCGUAAGGUGGCCGGACAACUACACACGCAGAUCAAACAAGCGUUGGAGGAAAUUCGAUCGAACCCGGACUUGCUGCGGGACGACGCGGACAAUCAAGAGGAGCAUCCCCGCAUAGCUCAACUGAGCCUCGAGUCCCAGAGUACUUGAUACCGAUUCUAGGGGCUGAUGAAACUGGACCGCUACUGUUCAACAAUCUUGUCAAUAUGCCUUCAAUUAUACAAUACCACGCUAGUUCGUAAGAAUUAAUGGUUACCGCGAGAAUACCUGCCACGGAUGCCGAAACCCCCAUCAGAAUGAAUCCUCGAUGUUAAUUCUUCUUUCGAUAAAAUCGAAUCUAUUCGUUCUAAAAUCUCCGGCUCCGGCGAUCUUGCAGAGCCGAUUUUAUUAGUUGUUGGUACAACUUGAAUAUUGUAUAUGUAUAAAAAGCAUUUUACCACGUAGUCGAAGCUACACACAUCACGUCAGAAUUACGUCACGGCGCUAUACAUUUUCGCCUGUGUAGUAUAAAAUUCGCAAUACCGGAAAGAAGUGUCGUGUUCCGCGUAAACGAUUCAAACAGGGCGAGAUAAAUUGUGAUAUUUUUUAUUUCACGAUCCAGAUUAUUUGUAUCAUACUAUUCGAUUACAAUUAACGAUCACAGAACAUAUGUAAUAAUAAUAAUAAUAUGUUGUAUAAUAAUAUAAGGAAUUUUAUAUACACACACGUGUAUAUAAAAUUCCUUAUUACAUAAUCAUAAUUAAUAUAUAUGCAAAUCUCUCUACACAUAAUUUAUUUAGCCAAUGGUGAUUUAAUAUAAACGAAAAACAGA